AUGCCUGAGGAGAAGAGCUCGGAAGCCGUGAGGAUGAUCAAUGGUUUCGUGAAAGACAAGAAAACACUCGAUGAUGUAUUCACCUCUCAGGUAAAUACAAAGUGGGAGAAUACUCUGUUCAAAGCGGAUGGGCUGCCCAUGUACGUCAGAUUCAGCGAGCUGACCGCCAAGCAAAGAGGUCACGAUACCUAUGGAGUCAACUUACUCGUGACCAAAUAUGGGCAAGAAAAGCUGAUGCAGGCUGUCAACACUGGGCUGAGCAGCGGAGAUGACCUCGCUGUUGCCACCGCCGACCGAUUGCGAGCUGGUUUGCUCAAUAGGUGGUGGAAUGAGAAGAAGGAUCCAACAGAAGUCGCUCGAUUAUUGAAGGGAGGGAACACAGUAGUGCCCAGCUUCAGUAAGGAGCUGGUGAAGAAGUAUCGUGGACAGUACAACGCGGCGUACAUAUCUAGUUUGAAGCCCUAG